AUGGCCGACGACCGAGCAGAAGAAAUCUUUGAAGCCAUCACGACUAGAAAUUCUGUUUUACUGGAUGACGUGCUCAAAAAAAUGACCAGUACUGAAAGAGCCAACGUGUUAACUUCGGAUCAGUAUGGCUCUGGUGAAGUCCUCGAUGAAGACAGCGAAGAGGAUGAAGACGGAACAGAGUCUCUGUUAGUAACUGCUGUGCGCAAUGGAGAUCUUGAUAGCGUUAAAAUGCUUUUGAAGUACAAGGCAGACGUUGAAGUUCGAGAAAAGUACCUAAGAGACAAUUGGUCUUCAAUUACUCGCGCGUCACUGUUUUGGGCCGCUGAUUUUGGCUACAUUGAUAUUUUAAGGUGCUUGAUUGAAAAUGGAGCUGAUAUAAAUUCAUUUUCAGCUGAUAAUUGUAACUGCACCCCUCUCAUGAAAGCAGUCGAAAAUGGUGACAAAGAUGUAGUGACCUUUCUUAUUGAUCAUGGAGCAAACGUGACCAUAAAAGAUAAAUGCGGUUAUACAGCUCUUCACAGGGCGUGUAUUAUUUAUCAUGACUGCUCACCCGAGGUUUUGAGUUGUUUGAUUGAAAAUGGAGCCGAUGUUAAUCUAAGCACAGAUAGCAACCGCACCCCUCUCAUGACAGCUUGUGAGUAUGGUCAUGUAAAUACCGUGACCAUUCUCAUUGAACAUGGAGCUAAUGUGAAUCUUCAAGACAGGGAUGGACUAACAGCUGUUCACUAUGCUGUGCGUGGAUCUCAAGCAUGUGAGAUUUUGAGUUGUUUGAUGGAAAAUGGAGCUGAUGUUGAUGCAAAAACAUUUGAUGACUGCACUCCUCUGAUGAUAGCAGCUGAAAGGGGGGACACAAAAGUAGCCACCUUUCUCAUCGAACAUGGAGCUAAUGUAGAUCUUCCAGAUAAAAUAGGUGCUACAGCUCUUUGCUAUGCUCUCAAAUGUCCUGGUAACUUGUGUGAAGUAGGGAGUUGUUUGAUUGAAAAUGGAGCUGACAUCAAUGCAUGUAUAAAUUACAACUGCUGCACUCCUUUGAUGAUGGCAUGUGAAAAGACUGUGAAUGAUCAACUGAAUGCACUGACCUUUCUCAUUGAACAUGGAGCUAUAGUGAAUCUUCAAGACAUACAUGGAAGUACAGCUCUUCACUAUGUGGUACAAGAAAACUCAGGUUUCCAUGAACCAUAUGAAGUUUUAGAUUAUCUUAUUCAAAAUGGAGCUGAUAUUAAUGCACAAUCAAAUCACGGUCGUACACCUCUGAUGAGGGCAAUUGACUUGUCUGAAGAAGACACAGCAAGCUUUCUUAUUAAACAAGGUGCUAACUUGGAUCUUCAGGACAAAAAUGGUGACACAGCUUUUCAUUAUGCUAUGCGUAGUAAUUCUGUUGAGAUUACUGACAGUAUUUUGACUCUGGGAGCAUCCUGUAUGUGCAACAACCGGGGACUAACCCCUCUUCUUGUAGCCAGUAGUAUUGGAAAAAGUGAGGUGGUGGUGGAUUUCAUCAAGAGACCAGAGGUAACAAAAGAGCAAAGAAUUGAAGCCCUAGAGCUGUUAGGUGCAUCUGUUAUUACUAGUAGUAGUGACUUUCAGCUUGAGAUGGGAUUCAAGUACAUCAAACGUGGCAUGGAAGAGCGGUUUGCCAAUCCAUCUCAACCUUUGGUAAAACCAUCAAUGGAACCUGUGGAAGCUUAUCAGAAGAGAAAAGAGAGUCAAACACUAGAGGAACUUGCUCUGAUUGAGGAUGAUUUUGAUGCCCUAUUGAUGGAAAGUCUUAAUAUAAGAGAAAGAAUCCUUGGGAAGGAAAAUGCAGAACUGCUUUAUCAAAUUAGAGAUGUUGCCUCUUUUUACCUCAUGAACGAUGACCUGUCCACAUGUAUCAGAUUACGUAGACAUGCAAUAAAAAUAGCACAGAGCUCAAAUGUAUCAUCUGCAUGCGAUUUGUGUUUCAUAAGUGACAAUUUGUUCGAAAGGAAUCGUCAUCCACAACAAAAGGAAGUUAUUGAAUUACUUGAGCAAACAGUUCUUGAGUAUAAGAAACAAAACACUGGAAAGAUAAGAAGGAAUACUUAUGAUCUUGAGGAUCUGUUUCUCUGUUUAAAAAAUCUGAUCUCAAUAAUUUCCAUAAAUGGAUUUUGUGGGGAGAGCAACACAUCACAUGCAUCAAUUUUGCUGCGAGAACUUUGUAGACAAGAUCCUCGAGACAGAUUUGGAAAUACUUUCUUACAUUUUGUUGUUAGGCAUCACAUACAUGAUAAUUCAUUUCCAUUACUUGAUGUAUUAAAGCUUCUUUUGAAUGUAGGAUUUGACGUAAAUGCUGUCAAUGACAAAGGAGAUACACCACUUCACUUAGCCGUCACUUUAAAAGCCAAGCAGAACAAGUUUUGUCUUUUGACUGGUGUUAUGGAGACCAUGUUUAAUGGAGGUGCUCAUCAUGAUUUUGUCAACAGUGAUGGUAAAACACCCAUGGACAUGGCUAAAACUGAUGUAGCUCGCAUGAUUCUUUCUGAGAAAAGAAAACUGGAGUUAAAGUGUAUCAGCGCCAGAGCUGUUAAAAAGUUUGGAAUUCCUUAUUUGGGGGUGGUACCCAAAACACUGGAGAAAUACAUUAGCAUGCAUUAAAGUGCAUAAUUUACGUUGAAAUAAUUUUUGAAAUUGACGUUGACAUGCUGUAAUGUGGGUAUUGAGAAUAAUUCAGCCAAGGUUCUUUAAAGAGGUCUGUUUGCAGAUAGAGAGAAGGGGCAUUGUAGGGAGGUAGCCACUAUGAGGGGUAGCCUAGGGAUGUAAUAUGACACCAUUCAGGAAAGCCGGGUAAAACAUUUUAAAUAUAUUGUUUUUUAAAAAAUACUUAUAAUAGCAUAUCAGUUUGAAAGAUUAUCAGAAUAUACCCAUAAAGUGGAAACUAAAAUAUUGCUCAGGACAAAAAUAUUAACAAAAGAAAGGGAAUAAUUUUUCAAGACUGCAAAAAAUUUCCUACUUUGUUUGCUUUCAGGGAAAUGGCAGUUGCAGAAGGGUUAUUUUAGUAGUUGGGAUGGAAUUUAGUGGUUUUUGCCAUCAUGGAGAAGUGACGAACAACCUUCUCCAGUUCCUUGGCACUUCGUUAAAUUGAGGUUCCACUGAGGCUUGAAAAAAGUAACCAACUGUAUCAAAAAGAGGC